AUGCUUCGGUACCAACUGCGUGCUUGGGUCAAUCCGUCAUGCACAACGACGCGCUCAUUAUCGACUCAACGACAUGCUCAGCGUCUCUAUGCAACUUCCACUCGAAAGUCUCCAGUCGAUUUUGCCGCAAUCGAAGCCAAGUGGAAGGCCCGUUGGGCUGAAUCGCCACCAUUCCAACGUGCAGACGAUAUCAGCGGCAAGCCCAACUAUUACGUACUCUCCAUGUUUCCUUAUCCAAGCGGCAUGCUUCAUAUGGGCCAUGUGCGUGUUUAUACCAUCAGUGACACGUUGCAACGUUUCCGCCGUAUGAAUGGAUACAAUGUGCUUCAUCCAAUGGGUUGGGAUGCUUUUGGAUUACCUGCUGAAAAUGCUGCUAUUGAACGAGGAGUACAUCCAGCUGAAUGGACCAUCAAGAAUAUCGAUGCCAUGAAGGAGCAAAUGAAAAUGUUGUCAUUGGACUUCGAUUGGUCAAGGGAAUUGGCAACGUGUGAUCCAGAGUAUUAUCGAUGGACGCAAUACAUUUUUCUCGAAAUGUACAAGGCUGGUUUGGCUUAUCAAAAGGAGGCUGUGGUAAAUUGGGAUCCAGUGGACAAGACUGUAUUGGCCAAUGAGCAGGUUGAUCAUGAGGGACGAUCAUGGCGUUCGGGCGCAUUGGUCGAAAGGAAAAAGCUGAAACAAUGGUUCUUCAAAGUCACCGAGUUUUCAAAUGAAUUAUUGAAGGAUAUCGAUCUCUUGGAAAAUUGGCCUGAUCGCGUCAAGCAAAUGCAACGCAACUGGAUAGGCAAAUCCACAGGAGCAGAAUUUGAGUUCCCCUUGGCCACUCCUAGCAACCAAACACAAUCACUCAAAGUAUUCACCAGUCGACCUGAUACCAUCUUUGGAGUCCAGUACCUUGUUGUAUCACCUGAACAUCCCUUGAUUUCAAAGGACUCUUUGCCAGCCGAACAAUCAAGCUCAGUUUUGAACUUUGUGCAAGAGCUAAACAAGGUGCAAAACAUGGAAGAAGCUGAGCAGAGCAAAAAGGGCAUGUUUACUGGCUUAUAUGCGGAUAACCCUUUAACGGGUGAUCAGAUCCCUAUUUAUGUUGCUCCUUAUGUUCUCGCCGAUUAUGGUACUGGUGCCGUGAUGGGUGUCCCUGCACAUGAUAAACGUGAUUGGGAGUUUUGCCAUGCCAACAACGUGGUCGAUAAGGUUAAAUUUGUUGUGGAGCCAAGCAUCAAAGAAGUCGGCAAGCCAUUGGAUCAAUCCGAGCCAUUUACAGCAAAGGGGGUGCUUACAGCUCUUUCAGGCCCAUACGCUGGUAUGAAAUCCAAAGACGCUAUGAAGGCUGUUAUGCGUGAUUCCCAAAAGAUCGGUUUCGGUAAACCAGCGACACAGUAUCGACUCAAGGAUUGGCUGCUUUCACGCCAAAGAUAUUGGGGCGCACCUAUACCUAUCAUCCAUUGUCCUGAAUGCAAGGUUGUCCCUGUACCUAAAGAGCAGCUCCCCGUUGUACUUCCCUUGGAUGUUGAGUUUAGCGGCAAAGGUGGCUCUCCAUUGGCUCGCUCUGAAGAUUGGGUGAACUGCAAAUGUCCAAAAUGCAAUGGUCCUGCAAAGCGUGAAACCGAUACCAUGGAUACAUUUGUGGAUUCCUCCUGGUACUUUAUGCGAUUUACCGAUGCUCAAAACAAGACAUUGCCAUUCGAUCCUAAGAAGGCUUCAGAACGCUUACCCGUGGAUGUCUACAUUGGCGGUGUGGAACAUGCAAUUCUCCAUCUUCUAUACUCGCGAUUCUUUUCCAAGUUCUUGCUGAAGCAAGGAGCAUACACAGCUGCACCAGGCACCAAGCCGGGCAAUGGGGAGCCAUUCAAUGUGUUACUCACCCAAGGCAUGGUUCACGGCCAAACUUACAAAGAUCCAUCGACUCAAAGAUUCUUGAAGCCCGAGGAAGUGGAUACUACAGAUCCAGCAAACCCAAAGAUUGUUGCUACUGGCGAGAAACCUCUUAUCAGCUUUGAGAAAAUGUCCAAGAGUAAAUACAAUGGUGUGAAUCCAGUGAGCGUUGUACAAGAGCAUGGUGUCGAUUGUGCAAGAUUACAUAUUUUGUACAAGGCCCCGCCAUCUGAAGUCUUGGAAUGGGAAGAUGUGAGCAUUGUGGGUAUGCAACGUUGGCUUGCCAAGGUCUUGAAGCAAGCUGAAUCUGCAAAGACAACGACAAGUACACAACUACCAUCGCUUGACAACAUGACGGAUUCCGAGCGCAACCUUUUCCGUGAGACGCAUAAUACCAUCAAGCAAGUGACUGAAAGCAUGUCAUCCACUUACAGCUUGAAUACCGCCAUUUCCGAUCUUAUCAAGCUCUCCAACAGUAUCGGUUCAUCAAAGCUCGAAGCAUCAUCACCUAUUUAUCAACAUGCUGUGCAAUCCCUUAUCACCAUGAUGGCACCCAUGGCACCCAACAUGGGCGAAGAAUGCUGGGAGACAUUGAAUGGAGUUGGCUGCGAAAGCGUAUUCAAGCAAUCCUGGCCUACAUGGGAUGAAAAGGCUCUUGAAAAAGAUAGCAUUGAUUGCAUCAUUCAGAUCAAUGGCAAGACACGCUUAAGCAUUAAUGUACCUGUGGCUACAACCAAUCAGCCUGAAAAGAUUGAACAACUUGUGCGUCAAGAUCCUCAAGGCCAAAAAUGGCUUGCCGAUAAGCCUGUGCGUCGUGCUAUCGUAGCAAAGAAUGGUCAACUUGUAAAUUUUGUCAUCUGA